GGUAGCAAUUGAAAUUCUCUACUCCUGCUUCCCUCCCUCUCCAUCCUCUUCUCCUUUUCGUGGAGCCAUUAGGUAAUGAGCCCUGGUGCUUCCUUUUUUAUUUUUUUGAUAGAGCUUCGGUUUCUUUCCCUCCUUUGGCUCUCUGAGUUUAAAUUUGUAGAGACAUGCUUUCCUCUUUUGGGUCUACAUACAUAGAUAGAAUGCGAAAGCGAAAAAGGAAGGAAGAUGAAGAUUGUAUAGUCGUCGCUGGGUGAGGAUUUUUCGCUCCUGGGUAGAGCGGAAGCAGGAGAUUCGAAUGGCCAAUAUCCUUGAUCGUGACGACCGAGACUACAACAAGAUGGAUGGGGAAAGACGACGAAGAGGGUUCUCCGGCAAUUCUUUGUGCCCUUCUCCGAGAUGGGUUUUGUCUCGUUUCCUCUCUUAUCUCAAGCGGAAGUCUAGAGAGUCAAUCAAUUCCAGAACCCGAGUAGUGUUGUCGGAGAGAAGAAGAGAGGAUGAUAGCAAAUCAGUUGAUGGGUCUUUGUUUCGAUGUCUGAUUGAUGAUGCGGAAGGCGAGUCAUCAUCGUCUCUGGUAGAAGAGUCUCCAAGAACUGAAAUUGGUGACUCGUCGGGAAGAUUUACAAAGGAACUAUCUUUCAACUUGGGUCUCGGAGUGGGUCUGGCUUUUCUCAUUGCUGCAAGUAAAAGUGAAUUCAAGAAGAUGAUGGAACUGCAAACACAAAUGGAAAUGCUUCUCAAAGAAAUUAAAGAUGGGAUGCAAAGAAAAGAUGUAUGCUCUGUUGAAUCUGAGUCGAAUAAUAAUUUCUCUUGCUCCAUGAGAGACUUCAAUGAAGUCAGUUACACAGACUAUAAUCUUGCUAUUCAAAAUCAUCAAUCAUCUAACCAGUCUCUGGAGGCUGAAAUCACAAUGGAUUGCAAUCAGUUUCCAAAAUGUGAUAUACAGCGAAGAGAAGGAUGUUCAGUGGGAAUUGAUCAGCUGGAAGCAGAACUUGAAGCUGAACUAGAACGUUUACAGUUCAGAUUGCGUAGUGAGGAUUCGCCAAAGAAUAUGCAGCCACAAUGGGAAGAGAUGGCUGUUGCGAAUGAUGACCUGAAUGGAAACUGUUUUGAGAAAGUGGACGACUUUCAAGACUCAGAUAGCAGUAAGCACCAUGGAGUUUGUCCCUUGGAGCUUGAGAGGAGGUUGCAUGAGCUACAGGAAGCAAGGCAGCAAGAGAAGAUAGCAGAGCUCAGAUUUGCUUUGGAUUGUGCCAAGCACAAUCUCCUUGAGAAAGAAAUGGAGAUCUCUAGGUGGAAGGAAGCUGCAAGACUCAUUAAUCAGCAAGUUCCACCAGAAGUGUCGUGCUUGUCAAGGUAAGCGGUGAGCUGCUCAAAUCAUCGCACAUAGGAAAGUUCUUGACCUUAUCUUCAUGUAUGUAAAUGUUUCUUGGUCCCAGAUGACUUUUUGAUUCUUUUCCUUUUCUUUCUUCUUUUUUGUUUUUGCUUUUGACAACCUACGUUGUUGGGUAUAGUAUGCACAAAUCAAUGAUGAAAAAUGAGAAAUACCCACAUGGGGAAAUUGAGAACGAGUUAGUGACAGUGACUUGGAAAUAUUAUCUGUUCUAGCAUGUCAAUAUACGAGUUUCAAGAUAUAUGUUACAAUGUAUGUUUCAUUGUUGUA